AUGGAGGAUAUACGUUGGUGUGAUUCUAAUGACGUCCUGCAGGAGAUCAUGGUCAACUCCGUCAACUCAGAUCUAGCGGAUUUUCAAUCCAAUCUAGCUCUGGGGGAUUCAGCCCCAGAUCCUUUACUGGAACUACAUUUGACUACAGAUCUGGCAUCGCUCGAUCCACACAGCCACACUUUCCUGAAUCAGUGGGCCCCCGGGUCCCAGGACUUUUACUAUCCUAACUACCCCGCCUCUAGGAUGGAACAGGAUGCAUGGAACCCGUUGUUAGCUGCUGGUGUCCCUGCUCCCUCAAAUAUCUCUCAGAUGCACAUAGCCGACUGCGCUUUCCCGAAAACCCACUAUAGAACCCCGUCCGAGGCCGGCAGUCAAUAUAUGGGAAGUUUGCACUCGGCGGAUUCUGGAUAUGGCAGUCACGGGGCUCACUCGGUCGUUCCAUCGUCGUAUGUGGAUUCGCUAUCGAGCCCACAGAUCGGUACCAAGGAACAAGGUUUUGUUGAGCCAAUGCCGUUCUUUGAUCAGUCUCAUAUGACGGGAUCGACAUUUGCGCGGGAUUUCGGUGAGGCUUUGUUUGAUGCUUCGGUCAAAUGUGAUCACCCCGCUUGCUCCUGGGUUGGAAAGUGUCCUUCCGACAAGAGAAAACACGAGGCUCGUCAUCGAAAGCUUUUUAAAUGUGAUGAGCCGAACUGUCCUCGUAAAGAGGGCUUUGGGACAAUCAAUGACCUGGCCCGACACAAGAAAUGUGUGCACAACAAGGAGCCCGAGCGAGGUCCAAAGAUGAUGUACCUCUGCUAUGGGAAGGACUGUCCCCGUCCCAAUAAGCGAUGGCCGCGUCUGGACAAUUUCAAGCAGCAUCUCAGUCGGAUGCAUGCUGGGGAAGAUGGAGAGGAAUUGCUGAAGAGAUCGAUGGACUGGCACGAGAGUAUGACUGGUCGGCCUGACUACAAGCUCGAAGAUACUGGCUCAGUAGGGUCAUUGACCGACAUACAAGACCACAUCUCUUCUCACUCUGGUGAUAUGGAUAUGGAUUCAGAUGGACCCAUGCACCACGCACAAGAUGAAUAUCUCUCUCGUGAAGAAACCCCCAGACCACUUUCCAGCAACCCCCCAUCUGAAAUCGGUCUCCUGGAUUCUCGAUCACAAUUACCACCUCUGGGAUCUAUGGGUGUAGACGAUACGUCUACACAGGAUAGCCCCGAUAACGCCAUAAAACAUGCACACCUCAAGUCGGAGCCAUUUGUCACCGAUGCUGCCGACAAUCUCAUUCACGCCAUGACCAAGAUGAUGAACUACCGGGCUCGGAAAAAUCAAAAUAACGACGAGGGCAUUGAAGUGGAAACCGAUCCUACCCUCUCCCAACCUCAACGACAGAUGCUUCAAAAGGUGCUCUCAGUAGCCCUAGAACGACUCUCUGAUGAAGCUCCAGCAGUCCAAGAACCCGACCAAAAGCAGGACUGGUUUCAAUGCGAUAUAUGCUCGAAGCGUACUCGACUUCGCUGCGAGAUGAAGAAACACCAAAAACGACACGAACGGCCCUACGGGUGCACAUUCCCCCACUGCGCCAAGUCUUUUGGCAGCAAAGCCGACUGGAAACGCCACGAGACUUCUCAACACCUACACCUUCAAAGCUGGCUCUGCGCCUUCCACGACCCCUCCAAGGGUGAAUCAUGUGGACGCAUCUUCUACCGCGAGGAAACAUACACUCAACACUUGAAUCAACAGCACCAAGUUCCCAAGAACCGGUUAAAAACUACCCUCUCCUCCACUCGUCUUGACCUGGCCGAUCAAUCCCAUUUCUGGUGCGGCCUGUGCACUCGCACCAUUCUACUCCAGAGUAGCGGUUCUACAGCGCUAGAUGAGCGCUUCAAUCAUAUCGAUAUUGAGCAUUUCAAGAAGGGCGAGCGAGGCCAUGAUUGGAUUUUCCCGGAGUUGAGGGAGUCGCCUGUCCUGCCUGGUGCGGGACAGGGACCUAACAUUAUGAAGGCUGGGUUACCAAUAGUCCCAGAGGGUAAUCAACGCAAGCGCAAGUACACG